AUUUCGUCAGUAGUCCCAUGGCUCCGCCGCCGCCGCCGCCGCUUCUUGCUCUCCUCCUCCUCCUCCUCCUCCUCGCCGUGUCGCCCGCAGCCUCAUCAGCGCUGUUCCCGAAGGAGGCUCUCCCGACCAGCUCCGGCUACCUGCCCAUCGACCCCUCCACCAACGCCUCCCUCUACUACGCCUUCUACGAGGCCUCAAACCCGCUCACGCCGCCGGCCGCCACCCCGAUCCUCCUCUGGCUGCAGGGCGGGCCGGGAUGCUCGGGCCUGGUGGGCAACCUCUUCGAGCUCGGCCCCUACCUCGUCGCCCCGGACGGCGCCUCCCUCUCCCGCAACCCCUUCGCCUGGAACCGCCGCUUCGGGCUGCUCUUCCUCGACAGCCCGCUCGGCACCGGCUUCAGCGCCGCGCCGUCCCCCGCGCUCAUCCCCACCAACCAGUCCGUCGUGGCCGCCCACAUCGUCGCCGCGCUGCAGGCCUUCUUCGACGCCAGCCCGCCCUUCCGAUCCCGCCCCUUCUUCCUCUCCGGCGAGAGCUACGCCGGCAAGUACGUCCCCUCCACCGGCGCGCACAUCCUGUCCACCAACCCCACCCUGCCGGCGGGGCGGAGGAUCAACCUCCGCGGCGCGGCCAUCGGGAACGGGCUCACGCACCCGGUGGCGCAGGUCGCCACGCACGCCGACUCGGCCUACUUCACGGGCCUCAUCAACGCCAAGCAGAAGCGGGAGCUGGAAGCGCUGCAGGAGGCGGCGGUCGCGCUGGCCGAGUCCGCCCGGUGGCGGGAGGCCGCGGACGCACGCGGGGAGGUGCUCUCGUGGCUGCGGAACGCCACCGGCCUCGCCACGCUCUACGACUACGCCAAGCAGCGGCCGUAUGCCACCGACGCCGUGGGGGCGUUCGUCAACCGGGCGGAGGUCAAGGCGGCGCUGCGCGCGCGGGAGGACGUGGCGUGGGAGGAGUGCAGCGGCGCGGUCGGCGCCGCGAUGCACGAGGACGUGAUGAAGAGCGUGAAGACGGAGGUGGAGGCGCUGCUCCGGCGGCGGACGCGCGUGCUGCUGUACCAGGGCGUCCGGGACCUCCGGGACGGCGUGGUGUCGCAGGAGGCCUGGAUGAAGGACCUAAACUGGGGCGGCCUGCAGGCGUUCCAGGACGCCGACCGCGCCGUGUGGCGGGUUGCGGGGUCCGGCAAGGAGGCGGAGCUCGCCGGGUACGUGCAGCGGGCCGGCGCGCUGACGCACGUGGUGGUGUACGGCGCCGGGCACCUCGUGCCGGCGGACAACGGCCGCGCCACGCAGGAGAUGAUCGAGGGCUGGGUCACGCAGACAGGGCUCUUCGGCGGCAGCCGCCUGGGCUCGCGGGGCCUCAUGCCGGCCUGAGAUUCACCAAGCUGAUGAUCCCAUACUAUGCCAAAAUUGUGCAAUAAUGGCAUUUUUCUCUGAAAAAAUCAGUGAUGAUUUCGUGGAUUGUUCUCUAACAGUUUGGUGAUGAAUAGUACAGGCAAACAUGAAUGUCUCGCCCAAACAUUCAGGAACCCCAGUCCCCGUGAUCAAAGAACCAAGUUUUGGGCUUUGCGAAACAAUCUGAGCCCUGUUGUACAACACCGAGGAGUGGAAAUGUUGAACACACCACACUAUGUUUUGCAUUUUCCCUUGAAGCUCAAGCUCGCCAUUUCGGCGCUGAGAAUUUACAAUGAACCAUCGGCGGUGAGAGCUGAACCCAGCCACCGACGCGCGCCCGAGCUCCCACCCGGUCGCCAUGGACGUUGUGGGUAGAGCUCACCCUGGCCACAUGCCACCAGACCCGGAGAAGAAUCCACGGAGCAGCAUUUUCCCUUUAAGCUGAAGCUUGAAGCUCUACGGAGCAGCACCAACCUCCUAAGCUUUUAUGUUUGUAACCAACAAUUGUUGUAAACAAAUUUUUAAUGAGUGAUGUUCAGCAGAGUUCUGUUCACCAUGUAACUUUGCUUU